UGUGGCAAAAACUGGCAUGGAGAUCACAGCCGCCCAUGUGCGUUGUUACAGUGAUCGUCUGAGACACCAGGAUGGUCCUUUCCGAUCGGAAAGGAGGCCUUUCCAACCUCUCCUUGGAGGAAACCUCUGCCCCCAGCUCCCUGCAGCCGCUGCUGCCCAUGAUGGGAGGAGCCUUCAUGGACUCACCCAACGAGGACUUCGGCACCGAGUACUCCCUCUUCAACUCCUCCACCAACAUCCACGCGGCCUCCAACGGCCAGGGCCAGGCGGAGGAGCCCGCGCGGUCCUCCAACGACGCCGUCCUGCUCUGGAUCGCGAUCAUAGCGACGCUGGGCAACAUCGUGGUGGUGGGAGUGGUGUACGCCUUCACCUUCUGAGGGCGCCCGCGCCCCGAGCCGGAGCCCCGACCACGGGCGCGGCCUCGCCUCUCCGGGGCCACCACGUGUCUGGAACGUCCCCGGGCAGCGCCCUGAUUUCAAACAUCCCACGCUGCCAUCAAGCUGAUCCAGAAACCACGAAGCAUGAGCUCCCAGCCCCCUCAGGCGUCACGGGGCCGGGCCUUCGAGGAGCAGCUUGGGGCGUCCUUAAAGCUGCUUUCCAAGGACAAGAGCCCCGAGGGAACAGCCGGUUAGGUUCCAGAUGCAGGCGCAGCUGGGCGAUCGCUUGCAGGCAGCAAAUAUUCACUUAGGUGUCUUGUCUUCAUGCAGACUCAUCACUCCAGGUGUGCGGGGUGCUGCCUGGUGUGCAGGUCCGGGGAAGAGCCCCUUAGAACUGGAGUGUCCCACCCCAAUCUCAGCCCCCGGGAAUAUUGGUGGUGGUCACUUGAAGGCUUAUAGAACAUUCCUCAUUUCACUUGCAAAUGGCACCUUUGUCCCCAGACACCUGGCCCCUUAUGAGACCCAAACGCAUCAGGAAACCCAAGGAUGGGGGGGUUGCUGGUGACAUGGUGGGGUUUCCGGGAGGGUGGUUUUCAUCUGCUGGGUGGGCUUUCCCAUCUGUUUCAAAAUGAGGUCUGCCAGUCAGUUCACGCCUCAGGCCCCCCACGUGAAGAUGUUCUUUGUUCUCUGAGAAGUCACAGAAUUUUAGAGGUGCAUGAGGCUCGGGCCACCCAGUCAUUUGAUGGGCGGGCAGGAGAGGGUCUGGUUGCCUGUGGUCACCGGGCGCAUUCACGGAGGGGCCAGAUCAGGAGGGACGCCGCUUGGCGGCUCAGGGCUGUCUCUAAGCCUCUCCUGAGCGGAUUCCUGCCUUCUCAGCUGCCCUCGGGGUCAGUGUCCACAGGGUCUUGAGCUGCGUGCGAGGUGGGCAGGGAGCUCAGACACCUACUCUGUAAACUCGGUUUACGCUCCGUGUGCUCUGUUGCAGGCAUGGGGGUCCUCCACCCAAGUCGGUUUCCUACAUCCUCAGAAGUCAGCGGCUGGGGGCCUGGCACACAGGGAGCCCCCAGCUAAGACCAGAGUGGGAUGGGACAUGCCAGGGGGAGCAGUUCGGGAAAGGGCCCCCUUCGGAGGCAGCCACCCUGUGCGACGGAGGUGGAGUGGGGUGGGGGCUCACUCCCCCACCAGCUGGAGUGGCUGCCUCCUUGCUUUGUCCCUGCGCUGUACAAAACAAAAGAAAUGGCACACACUCCCCUCUGUGGUUGAGAAACUAGAAAGUCUAGUUAAGAAGCCCUAUGCAGGUUUGGGCACAAUUGCAAAAAUGCUGAAUUGGUCACCAGGGUCUCAGGAGAAAUGAGUGUUCUUGGUGACAGGUGAAGGGACAUCUUCAUUGUCCAGAGGCAGCCACUCGACCCUGGGAGGUCGGCACUGAGCAGCCGUGGUAAUAGGAUUAUCAGCCCGACCUGCAGACAGAGCCCGCAGAUGGCCGCCAGCUCUUAUUGGUCCCAUCUGUCACUGCAGCCGCGUGGCCACCCACAAUGCUUCUGCUGGAGUGGAGGUCGGGGGUGCCGAGAGCUGGCGGGAUGCUGCCGAGGAGAGGAGGGAUGCGGGACCUUCCGCCCGGACGCCUUCUGGAACCACCCACGGGGCCCUGCUCUCUGCAGGACCAGCCUGGAGGUUGGGUGGCUGGUUAGCCGUCGGGCCCAUCGUCCCGGGAAACCCCUCCCCAUCGAGCCCCCGAGCCUGCCCAUGAGCAUGGUCUUUCUUAGAGAGCCCAAGGAGGGGGUGAGAGCCAGGCUAGGGAGACACGGCGAUGCGUGAGGUUCGUGUGGAGGUCACUCCAGCCCAAACACUCUGAUUCUUUGAUGCCAGGGCAGCCUGCAGCUCUGUAAGAGGCAGGUGGCAGCUCCCGGGUCCCCACAGGGCCUGGAGAGGGGGUCCUAUGUUUUCUGUUGUGUGGGGAGGAGAGAAAGAUGGAGGACUCCAGCCUUCUGGGCAGCCCCGGGGCCGGUGUUCACCGGGUACUUCCAGGCCCAGCGGUCUCCCCCAUGAAGGCCUUUUUUCCCCCUGGCAUAAAUGUCAGUUAAAUUUAACUUCCAUGUCUUUAUCUCUUUUCAAUGUCAAGGAGCUGUAGGGACCAUCUUGUCCAAACUGCAUUACACAGACCACAGAGACUCGCUCGGGGUCGUUCCAUCCCAGCCUCCUACGGUUUCAUUGUCUGCUUGUUUCCCACCGUUACUCAGAGAGCAGCGAGGAUAGACGGCCAGUUUCUAACCAGAGCAUCACACGCUGUCCCUCCCGUCUGAGCCGGGGCUCUGUCUUGAAUCUCAGUAAAGGGCAGAGAUGUGACA